AUGGGAGAUGAGGAUUGGGAAGCAGAAAUCAUCAAACCUCACGUCUCUUCCUAUGUUCCUGUGGUUGAGAAGGAUAGAUUCUCUUCUGGAACAAAUGGAGACACUCAUAAUAGGACUCCAGUUUCAACAACAGAUAUGGAUGAUGGACCUUCUAGAAGAGAUCAUUUCAUGAGGAGUGGGUUUGGCUCUGGGAGGAGCUUGGGAAACAGAGAUGCUGGUGAAUCUAAUAAGAGAGAGAAUACGUCCACUGGAGGUGGUUUUGGAGUUGGAAAGGGUUUUGGAAACAGAGGUUUUUCACAUACCAAGUUUGAUGAAGGUGAUAGCUCUGGUUUCUGGAGAGAAUCUAAUAAUGACUGUGAAGAUUUUCAAACACGGAAGAGAGGAUUUUCCAAGAGAGGCGGCUAUCAAGAUGGAAAUGAUGCAGAAUCUUCAGGUCCAUCCAGAAGAGGUGGAAGAGGUAGUUUCCGAGGUUGCCGUGCAGGAUUUGGUCUAGCAAGUCCAAAUAAUGAAAACAAUGAAGAUGAAGGGGUGCAGCGCAGGGGUGGCUUUUUUGGUUCUAGAAGAUCAGCCUUAAGUGCCACAGGUAAUGGUGACACUUAUCCAAGCAGAAGUGGCAGUGGAAGUGGACGAGGUGGUUACAAAGGUUUAAAUGAAGAAGUAAUAACAGGCUCUGGAAAGAAUUCCUGGAAGGCAGAAGCUGAAGGAGGAGAAAGUGGUGACACUCAAGGACCAAAAGUGACCUACAUUCCCCCUCCCCCACCUGAGGAUGAGGAUUCCAUCUUCGCACAUUAUCAGACAGGCAUAAACUUUGACAAGUAUGAUACUAUUCUUGUGGAGGUAUCUGGACAUGAUCCCCCACCAGCAAUUCUGACUUUUGAAGAAGCUAAUCUCUGUCAGACACUGAAUAAUAACAUUGCUAAAGCUGGUUAUACUAAGCUUACUCCUGUGCAGAAAUAUAGUAUUCCUAUUAUACUUGCAGGAAGAGAUUUGAUGGCUUGUGCUCAAACAGGAUCUGGGAAAACCGCAGCAUUUCUCUUGCCAAUUCUGGCGCAUCUAAUGCGUGAAGGAGUAACUGCCAGCCGCUUUAAAGAGCUGCAGGAACCUGAGUGUAUUAUUGUAGCACCAACUCGAGAACUGAUCAACCAGAUUUACUUGGAAGCCAGAAAAUUUUCUUUUGGGACUUGUGUAAGAGCUGUUGUUAUGUAUGGAGGAACCCAGUUGGGGCAUUCAAUUCGACAGAUAGUACAAGGCUGUAAUAUAUUGUGUGCUACUCCUGGAAGACUGAUGGAUAUCAUAGGUAAAGAAAAGAUUGGUCUCAAGCAAAUCAAAUACUUAGUUUUGGAUGAAGCAGAUCGCAUGUUGGAUAUGGGCUUUGGACCAGAAAUGAAGAAGUUAAUUUCUUGCCCAGGAAUGCCAUCAAAGGAACAGCGUCAGACCCUUAUGUUCAGUGCAACAUUCCCUGAAGAAAUUCAAAGGUUGGCUGGGGAAUUUUUAAAAUCGACUUACUUGUUUGUUGCUGUUGGACAAGUGGGUGGAGCAUGUAGAGAUGUUCAGCAGACUGUUGUCCAAAUUGGCCAGUACUCAAAAAGAGAAAAACUUGUCGAAAUUCUACGAAAUACAGGUGAUGAAAGAACUAUGGUCUUUGUUGAAACUAAGAAAAAAGCAGAUUUUAUUGCAACUUUUCUUUGUCAAGAAAAGAUAUCAACUACAAGUAUUCAUGGUGAUCGAGAACAGAGAGAAAGAGAGCAAGCGCUGGGAGAUUUUCGUUGUGGAAAGUGUCCAGUCCUUGUUGCUACUUCAGUAGCUGCCAGAGGACUGGAUAUUGAAAAUGUUCAACAUGUUAUCAACUUUGACCUUCCUUCUACCAUUGAUGAAUAUGUUCAUCGAAUUGGGCGUACUGGUCGUUGUGGGAAUACUGGCAGAGCUAUUUCCUUUUUUGAUCCCGAAUCAGAUAACCACUUAGCACAGCCUCUCGUGAAAGUGCUGACAGAUGCUCAACAGGAUGUUCCUGCAUGGCUGGAAGAAAUUGCCUUUAGUACGUACACUCCUGGCUUCAGCGGUAAUACAAGAGGAAAUAUGUUUGCAUCAGUGGAUACUAGAAAGGGCAAGAGCACUUUGAACACUGCAGGGUUUUCUACUUCACAAACUCCCACUCCAGUUGAUGAUGAGUCCUGGGAUUAA